CCACCGAUUAGCUUUGCUUCCAAUAGAUUUCUAACAUCUUCUUAAUGUAGUAUAUGUUCACUACACACAUGUCAUGUAAGUCAAGUGUUGACGAUGAAAAUGUCCGAAUUGCCCACGUUUAUUACAAAACGAUAAUGUUAUCCUGUGCAAUCAUUAAAACGAUUUAAAUCGAGCCACAAACGUUUUCUUCACUCCUCCUCGUCGGCCAUUCAAUACCAGUUAUUAAAAGGUAGUAUGAUUUCAACUGUUAGUGGAUCUUCGUUUUUAGGGUUUUCGACAUCAAAGCUGUUUGUUACUUAUUGCACCAUGGGUGCAUAUCCCAGUUAACAAUCCAAAGCUUCCUCAUCAGCUUCGAUUCACUUUACACAUGACCAUGGGUGAGGAGGAACCAGUGAAUCUGAAUGAAUAUCAACAACUGGCAAGACAAGCGCUUCCAAAGAUGUAUUACGACUACUUCAGUGGGGGAUCCGAGGACCAACACACACUCGGAGAAAACACUGAAGCAUUUAAACGGAUCACUUUUCGGCCAAAAAUUCUUGUGGAUGUGAGCAAGAUAGAUAUGUCAACCACCAUAUUAGGUUACAAAACUUCAGCACCCAUUAUGAUUGCUCCAACAGCUUUGCAUAAGUUAGCACAUCCUGAAGGAGAGGUCUUGACAGCAAGAGCAGCAGGAUCAUGUAAUGUGAUAAUGGGGUUAUCUUUCAUGUCUACGUGCACAAUUGAGGAGGUUGCUUCUAGUUGCAAUGCUGUUCGAUUCUUUCAGUUGUAUGUUUACAAGAAACGUGAGAUAUCUGCUUUGAUGGUGAAAAGAGCGGAAGCAAAUGGAUUCAAGGCUAUUCUUCUAACUGCUGAUACGCCUAAACUUGGUCGUAGGGAAGCAGAUAUAAAAAACAAAAUGAUUGCACCCCAUUUGAAGAAUUUUGAAGGUCUUGUGUCAACCAAAGUAGAAGACGAUGAAGGUUCAAAUGUUGAAGCUUUUGUAAACAGGAGCUUCGACCCUUCUUUAUCUUGGAAGGACAUUGCUUGGUUAAAGUCGAUUACAAAGUUGCCGAUUUUGAUAAAGGGUGUAUUGACCCGUGAAGAUGCCAUUAAAGCUAUGGAAGUAGGAGUUGAAGGAAUCAUAGUCUCGAAUCAUGGUGCUCGCCAGCUAGAUUAUGUUCCAGCCACCAUUAAUGCUCUGGAAGAGGUGGUUGUUGCAGUUAAAGGACGUAUACCAGUGAUCUUUGAUGGAGGAAUAAGGAGAGGAACAGAUGUAUUCAAGGCUUUAGCUCUUGGUGCACAGGCUGUUAUGAUUGGGCGUCCAGUUAUUUAUGGGUUAGCAGCAAAGGGGGAGUAUGGAGUAAGAAGAGUGAUUGAGAUGUUGAAGGAUGAACUUGAGUUGACCAUGGCUCUGUCUGGGUGUCCCACUCUUGCUCAUAUUACAAGGAACCAUGUCAAAACAGAACUUGAUCAUCGCCAGUGUAGACUUUAAUACCAGAAUAUCAUAUGGUUUUAAGAAGUAAGCAUUUCAGAAUGAUGUAUAAUUAGCAGACGAAUAAAGUUGUAAGCAUUCAAGUCCAUUAAAAACUUUCCAGUUGUAUGUUCAUGUGUAAACAUGCCCUUGGGUUAUAAACGGUGGUAUGCAUUCUUUUAUUUCGGUCUUUUUGUAUAAAUCGCAUGAAAUUACUACAAGAUUGGAUCAAACUCUAUUUUUGUUUCCUCUUUAUCGAUAGCUAGGAUCAACAAUUACCACAAAGAUCAACAAGGCUCACUAAGAUCAAAUGGUUGGAUCACUAAGAUCGACUUUAGGAAUCAGGUGGUACUAAUAGGAAGAAAACAAUGGGUCGUGGAGGCUUUAUGUUGAUUACAUGAAGUUGAAUAAAAAGUCAUCAAGUCCAGGUCUAUAAGGAGGAUGUUUACAAGAUCGCAUUCAAAACUCAUAAUAGAAACUUCGAGUUUUUGGUAAUGCCUUUGGGCUUGAUUAAUGUCUUGGAUUCUUUUCACGCACGGAUGAACCACAUAUUAGUGAGGAAAUGUGUAUUACUGUCUAUAAUGGCAUCUUAAUUGAUAGUCAAACCUCAUAAGAACAUUUGAAUCAUUUAUAAGUUGUAUUUCUGUGCACCAACAUACAUACUCUUUUCGGAUGCUUUUGCUUUUUGAUUUUGUAUCUAACUAACUGUGCAAAACGACUAUAUUACUC